GGCAACGUUUGGGUGACCCAUGAAGAAAUGGAAAAUCUUGCAGCUCCAGCAAAAACGAAAGAAUCAGAGGAAGGAAGCUGGGCCCAGACUCUGGCGUAUGGAGACAUGAACCAUGAAUGGAUUGGAAAUGAAUGGCUUCCCAGCCUUGGGUUACCUCAAUACAGAAGUUACUUUAUGGAAUGUUUGGUGGAUGCAAGAAUGUUAGAUCACCUAACAAAAAAAGAUCUUCGUGUCCAUUUAAAAAUGGUGGAUAGUUUCCAUCGAACAAGUUUACAGUAUGGAAUUAUGUGCUUAAAGAGGUUGAACUAUGACAGAAAAGAAUUAGAAAGAAGGCGAGAAGCAAGUCAACAUGAAAUAAAAGAUGUGUUGGUGUGGAGCAAUGACCGAGUUAUUCGCUGGAUACAAGCAAUUGGACUUCGGGAAUAUGCAAAUAAUAUUCUUGAGAGUGGGGUGCAUGGCUCACUUAUAGCUCUGGAUGAGAACUUUGACUACAGCAGCUUAGCAUUAUUAUUACAGAUUCCAACACAGAACACCCAGGCUAGGCAGAUUCUUGAAAGAGAGUACAAUAACCUCUUGGCCCUGGGAACUGAGCGACGACUGGAUGAAAGUGAUGACAAGAAUUUCAGACGUGGGUCAACCUGGAGAAGGCAGUUUCCUCCUCGUGAAGUACAUGGAAUCACCAUGAUGCCUGGGUCCUCAGAAACGUUACCAGCUGGAUUUAGGUUAACCACAACAUCCGGGCAAUCAAGGAAAAUGACAACUGAUGUUGCUUCUUCAAGACUGCAGAGGUUAGACAACUCCACUGUUCGCACAUACUCAUGUUGACAAGCCACUCAAAGGAGGCAGUACUGACCUGCUAUGUCGUCUUUUCAGUCUACUCUACCUAAAGUGCACUACCGACGAAGAAGAUGAGCAGUGGAAACCUUUGUGAAAACUGAGUUCUCAGAAAUAGUGACAAGUGACAGUUUAUUAAAAGUUAAAAAUGUGGUGUAGGGGGAGUCAAAUUUUAAGUUUGGUUAGUUUACUACAAUUGUAAUAAAAUGCUUAUGUCAUUUGAAUAAUAAGCAUCAUCCACAUCAUAAAUUCUGUAUAACAGAUGCUUUUAUGAAAUGGAGCCACUUGUUUUUCAUGUUGUAAUAUACUAGGCAUUUAUGUAUUACUGUGUAUUUCUUUUUAAAUGUGUAAGUCUUAUGUAAAUGGAUAUAAAUAUGAUUUUUUAAAAAAAUAAAAUAUAUGGUUCAUGGAGUCUCAAGUGCAAACAUUUGACAAUUCCAAGUGCUAUUUGUAUUUUACCAUUCCAUCAUUUUUACAGUUUUUGAAUUGUAAAAGACAAGUCAUUGUUUCCUUGAAGCAUAUUUCAUGCUUCUACAUGUGUUUCCUUCAAGUCUGUUAAAACUUAAAGCUUACCACCUGCCUCUUAUCAUGUAUUUAAAACAAAAAAAGAAGAAUGAUUUAAACUGGAAUUGGAACCAAAAAUGACCUUUAAAGGCAAUCAGGGAUGCCCUCUAUCUUUAGAAACAGCACUGUGAUGGCUUGAUCUCCUUUUCAAUACAAAACAAAGCCAAACUGUUUACAAGAAUCAAAAGCAAUUAUUUAAAAAAUUUAUAUAAAAAAAAAACCAUAAUCUCCUCUUGUUGCCUGUGGACCAAGAAAAAAAAAAAAACUUCACCACUAAGAACUCCAUUUUCAUUCCAACACCUUGAACUGCCAGCCAGCACUGGAGAAUGAAUGUCAACCACUACAGAGUCUGAGGCUCAUUUCCACUGGGAAAAGACAACCCCCAAACCUUCCUUUUUGCCAAUGUAACAGGGCAUUAGCCAGACUCGUGUCUAAUGUUAUAAGCUUUUAGACGAGACGGCCUUGUUGAGACUUCCCUAGAGUCAGCUUUAUCAGAGGAAAUAAAUGAAAGACAGAAUGAUUAACAUAUAUAGUGUAUAAAAAGUAUAGAAGAGUAAUCUCUUCCCUGUGGCUUUAUUUGGUGGUGUUGCUGUUGUUUAUUCUUUGUUUAUAUGGGAGAUUUAAAAGUAAAAACCUAUUUAAUAAUACCAUUUAUCUAACUGCUGAUUUUCUGCUGUUUGAUCUUAUUAGGUGCAAGACCUGUCAUUAGUAAUUUCUUUUUGUAUUUCAAUUUGUUGUUUGCACGUUCAUUACAUUUGUUUUGCUGUCUAUUUUUUGUUUAACAGAUUCCGUCAAAAGGUAAUGGUAACAGAAACCCUCUCCAUUGUCAAUAAAAAA